AUUAGUAUUUAUCUUAUAAACCUGGGAUUGGGGUUGACUUUGGAAAAUCACUCGAAGUCUCUCUGUCAUCAGUAACCGAGCCAAAAAUGGCAAUGAGAUCUGUCGUUUCACGUGGUGGAUUAGGUCGCUUAAGGGAAAUCAACUGGCGAUCGUCGGCCUCCGGCCUUCGCUACUUGAGCGAUAGCGGCCGUGUCCUCAGUGAAGAAGAACGCGCUAAGGAAACAGUCUACAUUCAGAAAAUGGAGCGGGAGAGACUGGAGAAGCUGAAGAAGAAGAAGGAGAAAGAGAAAGCUGAGAAAGAGAGAGCUGAGAAAAAGGCUGAGGAAGAGACUCAUCAGAACUGAAAUGGUUUGUUUAUGGUGCACUGACUUUUGAAUGCUUGCUAUCUAGGACUUAUGAGAAAUAAAUGUAUGUCACACUGGGUAAUUCUUAACGAGGCUCGGUCAUUGUAUAGUGUUUGAUGACUAUAUCUUGAAUGGUAUCACUGCGAGUCGUGCUGUCAAAAUAUGCUUGUAAAACUUUUCGAGUUUUUGGGGUGUUCUCUUUAAUAGUUAUUGUGCAUAUGGUUUAUUUUGUU